AUGAAUAGAUCAAUACUUCAGUUUGGUCUAAUUACAAGACUCAAUGGGUCAGUAAUUAACAAUAACAGCAUUCUCAGAGUGAAAGUUGGUCCUACACUGAUACAUAGCACCACUGCAUAUGUUCGUUGGAAUAGUUCACAGCGAGAUACCUCGGAGCGACCAAUCAAAUCCGGUUCUCAUGGAGGCUCAGUAUCCACUUCUAACUCUCCACCUGGAUCCAUAUAUCAUACAACUACAAAUAAUGGUACAACUGCUGGUACACCUACAAAUACAAAUACAGGUACAGAUAAGACUACUGUUGUGGAUGAUAGUUCUACUGCCAAACCAAGAGCUACAAGAACCAACGCGAGUUCAGACUUUACUGACGAGUCAGUUAAGUUGAAGUCUAUAAAAAACCUACCCUCGGAAGAAGAUGCUAAAAGAUCUGACCUUGCAAAAUGGGUUGGAAGUAAAAUGGAUUCGCUACAAGCGACUAUGUUUGCCGCUGGUAGAACACUCAACGAUGUCACUGGUUAUAGUUCCAUUGAAGCAUUGAAACAGUCAAUUGAAGAUCAGCAAGAAAUAUUGCGACAGUGUAGAAUCCAAGUUCGAACAGCUAAAGACGAGUAUGCAGCAGCAGUAAAUCAACGAUCCAAUUCGCAACGAGAAGUCAACGAGCUCCUACAACGAAAGCAUCAAUGGUCGAAUGACGAUUUACAGCGGUUCACGGAUCUUUAUCGCAGUGACCAUGAAAAUGAGACACGAGUAGCCCAGGCAGCACGAGCUGCAGACGAAGCAGAACGAGUAGUAGAGGAUAGUCAAUUAGAGCUGACUCGACUAAUAGCUGCUAGAUAUAGAGAAGAGCAAGUGUGGAGUGAUAAAAUCAGACGAGCCAGUACCUGGGGUACCUGGGGACUGAUGGGGUUCAACGUAGUACUCUUCCUUCUAGUUCAACUGGGACUUGAGCCCUGGAAACGAAGACGAUUAGUAGGAUCUUUUGAGGAGAAAGUGCAAAGUGCGUUAGUGAAGACUACAGCGUUGCAAGAAGAAAGACUGAAAAAUCUCGAAGAUAUGCUGUUUAGCACUGACCAACCAGGAACCCACCCUAUUGUCGAAGCAGCAGAUAGUGAUAUUCUAUCUGAUAUCCAACAGAACCCAGAACACCAGCACAACACUCCACUCUUAAAGGAAAACGGUUCGCUGACAUGGAGCAAUUUAUACACUCGAGUUCAAACGGGCUUUGAACAGUCGCAAGUGAUUCCCGUGAACUCUGUGGAAUUGGUUUCCACAGCCGGCGUCGGUGCUGUUAUAGGUAUUCUAGGCACUCUCGCAGUUCUCGCAUUCAAAUAA